AACAAAAGAUGCUUCAGUUAAACCAGUUUAACUCAACAUCAGUCGAUUUCUUCUCAGCUUCUAAGAUCAACUGCUGAGAUGAUGAUGAGGAAUUUCUUAUUAGUUUUAGUGGUUUUAUGUGGACAAGUGUUUGCCAGUCCGUUUAUUCCAGAAGAGUUGGAAGGGCCCCAGGAUGAACCAGCUACAACGGGAACUCCUGAGGAGCAAACCAACUCACCUAAAGACUUAUACGUCAUAAGGAAAGUCGUGUACGAAAUUGGAAUACUAACAGAUGUCAACAAUAGCUCGGAUUUUGAUAAUAAAACCCAUGAACAAAUUGACGUGUCGUUCUUCGACCCUAGCGACAACGGAUCGUUCGUGGACCUGUCAAAUAUUCCCUUCCCAGUUGAGGCGAACGUCAGUGGAGUGGCCCUGACCGGAAUCCUACCGUCAAAUUUUGGAAAUUUGGUGUUUCCAAACAACGGAUCAGUGGCGUCCUUAGAGCAGAGCGCUCUUCCGGUAUUCCCGGAUAAACAAGUGAAAGUGACCAAAAAUAUUUCGACCAAUGACAAGCAGAAGGGCGUGAACAUCUUGUCAGGGAUCAAUGACAUUUUGGGUCUCUCCGACUUGGUUAAUACACCAAAGGAGGCGGAUGAAAGCAAGCAGACGACUCCAAGUUAGUUUAUCUAUUUUUGUUAAUUUUUUAAACAGAUUUAAUAUAUUAAUGUUUUAACUAAA